ACAUAGGUUUUUGGAAUAAGGCCAGGUUUCAGUGAUUUCGAUGUACCAGACAUUCCAGAUUCUUUUGUCGUACGUGRGUUGAGUUCCAGCUGUGUUUUGGUGGACAAGAAACAGCUCAAUGAUUCUGGAUUUGUGUACGUGCUUUCCAUAGCAUGAAGGCCAGUUUUGAACUUUUAGAAAUCAUGUGAUCGACCCCGUGAUGACCUUCAGCAUUUGCAAAAUAGUUACACUGUGAGAUUCUGGAUGAGAUUCUGGACUAUGGAUCUAAACUAUUAUUCCAUUGUGGCCACUGCAAUUACGAUUGCGUUGUGUUUCAAGAUAAUAUCCGCCAAAAACGACGUUCAACUAGCUAGUGAUAGUCCUACAACAAUUGGUGGGACAACAACUCUAAUUGCCAAAGUUGUGAAUUGUUAUGGACCUCUAGAAGGACAAACUUUUCGAUAUACUUUACAAUAUUUUACGAAAAAAGUCGCUGUAGUUAAAAGCAGUAGUUACAACUUUUCAAUAUCUGACUGGAAAUCUAUUGGGAAACACAAAGUUGAACUAUUAGUUGAGAAGAUUACAAAAGCCAAAUACAAGAAUUGUGGAAGUGACACUAUUGACGUUAUCAUAACAGAUACAAUAACAGCUUCCAUCAAAACUUCCCCAAGUGGAGAAUAUGAUAAGUUCUACAUUGGUCCUGUCUUUCUCUCUGUCAAUAUUCAUGACCCCAGCCAUAUGUUUAGAAAACCUAAUUAUUACUGGGACUUUGGUGACGGAAUAUAUAUUAACAACACACAGUUAGGAGAGUUAUCACAUAACUUCACACAKAUUAAGACUUGUUAUGUCAAAGUGGUCAUAUUUGCCAUGGCAAACGGAAAGAUGUACAAUGGAACUGCAAGCAAGGAAAUGAAAUUUGAAGGUGAUUUCAAGGCACAUGUAAUUGUCAUUGACUCCAAAAAUAGUUCUUCACUGAGAUUGCCAUCUAGUGACCAUAAAUUGUCAUAUGUGAGUCUUGGACACCAAGUACUUCUGGUCAUUAAAUACAAUAAUCCCUAUUCUAUCGUGCAGAAGUGCUAUGCUCAGUGGUCUAUAGGUGGUUCUGGUAAUACAUGUAGCUUCAAACAUACAUUUCUUACUAAAGGGAAAACAAAUAUCUAUGUUACUCCAACACUGGAAACAAAACAGAGAAAUAUAAGCAUUGAUCCCUUUCAAAAGCAGCUUAUUAUAGAAGAGCCAAUAUCUGGUUUGACACUUGAGCACAAUAACUACACGUUGCUGACCAAGUAUCUAGAAGCAAACGUAUCUUGUGAAGGAGCACCUCCAUUCAAGAUGUGUUGGAAAUUAUCCAUGUAUUCAAGCUCUGGUCAUCCUUUAAUUGAGAACUGUACUGGGUUGUCUGAGAAUUGUAGAUUCUAUAUCAAUCGUACUUUCAUCCACURCAAAGGCAAAUUUCAACUAGAUAUUACUGUGAUAAAUAGAGUGGGAUCUGAUCAUUUAGUGAAGUAUUUUUUUAUUCCAGAACCAGCUCCUCCACAUCAUCAUAGUAAAGAGAAAGAAGCCAUCAGUGCAGUUGUGCCCAUAGUAAUAUGCAUCAUUGUCGCUAUCAUCUUAAUAUAUGUUAUACGAAAAGUGUACAAGAUCAGGCAUCGGUCGGUACUAGAAACAGCAAACUUUGAUUUCCGUGAYGAGGACUGUCAGAGUGUGGAYUCGCUUAACUURGGMAAGAAAUGGUGUCCGUCAUUUAGAUUCUGGAAAAAGAACAAGGAAUACUUUCCUCURUUGGAAAACUGGGACAAACGACAUUCUUCAUCAUCACUUUAUUCAGACAUAUUGUAAUGUUAUUUUGCAUGUAAAUAUCAUAUCCCAAAUGAUUAAUUUAUAAUUUAAAAAAAAAAACAACUUUAACUGACAAAGAAAAUGCAUAAAUUUUCUGGAAAUUUAUCAUAUUGUAAAAUAAUUGUUUUAUUGACAUUAGUCAACUUUUAAGCUAGUGUCUGUAGGGUAGACACUCUGCUAAGGAUAAAAAACUUUAAGUUGGUUAUAAAUACAAAUAAUUCACUCAGAAGCCUCCUUUUUGUGGCACACUAAAGAAUAUCGAUGAUAAUCUCCAAGAGAAGCUUCUUUGUUGUCUAUAUUUUACAGAACAGUACAGUUAUUGUUUUACUUUUCCAGACUAAUCUAUUCCAUAAAUUGUAAGAAGUGAUGGAAGGAUGCCAAAUGAUUUUAUUYAGACUGAGAUUAGUGUAGAAAUUGGAAUUACUGAUAUUUUGUAUGUAUUAAUUAAUUCUUCAAGUGAAUAAAAUAAUGACACUGAGUCAUA